GGCUACACUACAAUUACCGUAUAUACCACAUGGCCGAUAUGGCAUGGCAAUCCACGGGAUGUUUCAUUAUUGAUACACUUCUGAGUUCAAGUGUGUUGUUUGCUGUUGCCUUGAAGAGUGUAGCUAGCUAGCUACGGCGGUACAUUUCAGUGAAUUUAUUAAAGAGAGUUGAGAUCUGAUAUGGAUAGCAUCGAGUCAUUGAAGCACAAGAAUGGGCUCAAGAGGAGGAAGCAGCCACAGCAGCAGGAUGUCGAUGAUGCUCCGAGUCAUGUUGCUAUGCCGAUCAGACAACGGAGCAGUUGGCCUCGUAUAUUCAAACCACAACUGUCACUAAACGAUGAACUAACAGUAUCCGAUAAGAGUUUUCAAAUCAUCCGUGAUAUUGCCAUGGUGUACACGGUGCUGUUCAUUGCCUAUAUUCUUACCCGGGACUUGUACAUCAGAGGAAAAGAUGUGUCCUGGCUGACCUCUAGUUUAGGAACUCCUGAAGUGAUGGUCAAGGCCUUGAGUAUAGAGCUGUGCUUACUGGGUCUGGCACUCACGGUGCAGCCUUCUCUGCAAAUAUGGCGUUACAUGAGGGAUAUUGUACCCAGUCUGCGUAGAGUUUUCGAUGUAUCGUUCAUCCUUGUCUUCGCUGGCUAUGUGUUUGGAACAGCUGCCCUCGUGUGCUACGUGUCCUACCAAACGCCAUUCCCUACCUACUUCUCUGGAGUGCUCACCAUCGAGCAGCUGCGACUGUCCAUGAAGACUUAUUCCUACGUGCGUGAGAAUGCCUACAAGGUCAUCUACCCGUGGAACAAAGAGGACCAAUCAGGCCCAGCUGUGUGGUACAAAGGUCAAAUGGAGCCAAAGGUCGGAUCGUACAGUCAAUUCCUCUACUUUCUCUUUGCUCCCACCAUGAUCUACAGGGACAACUACCCACGAAAUCCUGGUCCAAUCAAUUGGAAGAAUGUCGCUGUGUAUUUAGCACAGUUUGUGCUCUCCCUGUGGUGUGUGGCCAUCAUCUGCUCUGAAUUCAUCUUCCCAAAAUCUCUAAAGUCGGAGGUUCUACUAUUGUCGUACAUGGCUAGUCUAGUGUACGUACUCCCGAUCACCUUCCUCUCUCACACCAGCUUCCUCCAUAGCUACCUCAACUUCUCCUGUGAAGUGCUGAGGUUUGCAGACAGAGAGUUUUAUUCAGACUGGUGGACUUGCACAUCGUUCUCUACAUUCUACCGCAAGUGGAACAUACUGGUCCACGAUUGGCUGCACUCGUACAUCUACAGGGACAUAAAACAUGUGACUGGUCGUCAGUGGAUGGCCGUGUUUGCCACCAUCCAUUUAUCAGCAGUUAUUCACGAGUACAUCGUGGCCAUAGCUCUGCAAUUUGCCUUCCCUCUGCUUUUCUUAGAGUUUGCUAUUGGAGGAGCCAUGGUCUACUUCCUCCGCCCCAAGUCUAUGGAGAGGCUGUACAACAUACUGCUGCUGAUAGGGUUCUGCUUCGGUGGAGCUAACUUGCUCUUCUUCUAUCAAAUGGAGUUUGCAGCACGAAUCUACUGCCCUAGACAGCGGUCGCUGCAGAAUUUCUUCCUGCCUCAGCUGCUUGACUGUUACCAACACAUGAACAAUAAUAUCACUUCGAAUUUCUAAUAAAUAUCUAAUUUAUAUCUAAAUGGAUAGGAAAAUAGUAUAAUUAUGCACUUUAAAGAUUUACACACACACAUACACACAGUUUUUUUGUCACAUUUUACUUAUAAUAAACAUUAUCCUUUGUGUGAAAACUUUCUGCACUCCCUUUGUAACAAUAAAUGACUUUUUGCAAAAUU